AUGCCCUACGAGCCACCCGCUUAAAAGGCUGUGCCGAGCGCUGGCCAGCGAAGCUCGGCCGGGGGAAAGUGAAAGUUUGCCCAGGUCCUCUCGGCGGCGCCGCCGCGCUCUCUGCAGUCAGGCACAGCGGCGCGGGCCUCGGCCUGGGCGCGGACUCUGCAGCAGCCAGCGAGCUAGCGAGAGGUUUAGCGCGGCCGACAAGCCCGGCCGGCACCCAGCUGCCCCUAUGACCACGCGGGGCGCCGCUGGGCGCUGCCCUCCCAUGGCAUGGCUAUGCCCCUGGCUGCUGCUGGUCUUUCUCCUGGUGAGCAGGAGUAUUGCUGAGGAGAUGUCGGAGCACUGUAGCCACAUGAUUGGGGAUGGACACCUGCAAGUCCUACAGCACCUAAUUGACAGUCAGAUGGAGACCUCAUGCCAUAUUGCCUUUGAGUUUGCAGAUGAGAAACAGUUGAAAGACCCUGUGUGCUACCUUAAGAAGGCAUUUCUUCUGGUGAAAAACAUAAUGGAGGACACCAUGCGCUUCAGAGAUGAAACCCCCAAUGCCAAGGCAAUUGGCCAGCUCCAGAGACUCUCUGUGAGACUGAAGAGCUGCUUCACCAAGGAUUAUGAAAAGCAGGAUAAGGCCUGUGUCCGAACUUUCUAUGAGACUCCCCUCCAGUUGAUGGAAAAGAUCAAGAAUGUCUUCAAUGAAACAAAGAAUCUCCUUGAAGAAGACUGGAAGAUUUUCACCAAGAACUGCAGUGACAGUUUUGCUAAGUGCUCCAUCCCGGAUGUGGUGACCAAGCCUGAUUGCAACUGCCUGUACCCCAAAGCCACCCCUAGCAGUGACCUGGCUUCUGUCUCCCCUCACCAACCCCUCGCCCCCUCCAAGGUUCCUAAGGCUGGCCUGACCUGGGCUGAUUCUGAGGGGACAGAGGGCAGGUCCCUCCUGCCUAGUGAGGACCCCCUUCACACAGUGGACCCAGACAAUCCAAAGCAUCGACCACCCAGGAGCACCUGCCAGAGCCUCGAAUCACCAGAGACCCCAAGCCUCAAGGACAGUCCCACUGGAGAUUUACCACAACCUCACCCCUCUGCCGGGACCCCCAGCCUUGGGGUGAAGGACAUUCUUGACUCUGGACUGGGCACUAACUGGGCCUUAGAAGAGGCCUCUGGAGAGGCCAUUGAGGGUCCUGCACCUCAAGGGGCAGAGUUUUCCCCCUCUAGGCCAGAAGGGGGCAGCAUCCAGGCACAACUGCCCAUACCCAGCAACCUCCUCUCAGCAUCUUCUCCACUCCCAAUAACAGAGGACCAACAGCCACCCUUGCCUAAGGUAGACCCUGUGAGAUCCACCGACCAGCCCAAGCAUGACACUCCUGAGAAGACAGACCAUUCAUCUCUUCUGCCCACAGAGGGCAAGGAGACAGGCUCUACCCAGACCUCGUCAGUCUGGCCCCAAGGCUUCAGCAAUCCCGCCAUCCUUUCUGCUCAACCACAGGUUCCUGGAAGCCACUCCUGGGGAAAUGUGCUGCCUCUUGGGGAGCUGGAGGGCAAGAGGAUCACACGGAACCGGAGGAGCCCUGCAGAGCUGGAAGGAGGACGAGCAAGUGAGGGGGCAGCCAAGCCCCCAGCCCCUUUUAACUCCGUUCCUUUGACUGACACAGGCCAUGAGAGGCAGCCUGAGAGAACCUUCAACCCCCAGCUCCCUGGGUUCGUCUUCCACCUGCUGGUGCCCAGCAUCAUCCUGGUCUUGCUGGCCGUUGGCGGCCUCCUAUUCUACAGGAGGAGGCGGAGGAGCCAUCAAGAAUCUCAGACAGUGGAUUCCCUCAUAAGGCACCCAGAGGGCAGCUCCCUGACCCAGGAUAUGGACAGACAGGUGGAAUUGCCAGUGUAGAGGAAAUCCUAAGCUGGGCACGCAGGACUGUCUCUCCAUGAGAGAAGACGUGAUGGGGCCGUCUGCCACUACCCUCCCCAGCUCUUCUCUGGGAAAUGUGGCCUUCCUACCAUCUGAGCUCCUGCCUGCCAGGACUGGACCAGAACAGCCAGGCUAGGGUCCCUAUGCCUUGACCUCAGACUUUCGACCAACUGAGAGAGGGCCAGAGGACACCCCCGACACUGCCUUUAUUUAUUGUGGGCCCUGGAGGCUCUGUGAGCUUAAGGAAGGCUGGUGAGCUGGCUCAGGACCUUCUCCCUCAGGGGCUGCACCCUCUGCUUCUUCUUCUCUGCCAGCACCCGGGUCAAGGACCCACCUGCCAGUGGCAUGUGGGAGACCAGAGUGGGUGCUGAGGAGCCAUCUGGUACCAAGAGAUUUCAUUGUUGACAUGCAGGGACCUGUCUCCAGAGAGGAGUCUUUGAUCAGGGUGGGGCAUCAGCCUGAUUUCCUGUAAAGGCAAGCAGCCCAAAAGAUAGGAAAAAAGAGGAGGCCUCUAGCAGUGUGCACUGACAGCUUGAAGGGAUCUAUACCCUCUACUCACCUGAGUGCCCUCCGCUGGUUGCCAGGUGGUGAGGGGAGGCCAGCUCUUUCCUCAGGACCUGCCUACCCUGACUCAUGAUGCCAAGAGGAGGACCUAGCUCUGGUCUCUACACCUCCUUCCCUUCAGCCCCUGCCAGAGCUUCUCCUGGAGGCCAGGCAGAGGCUCCCCUCAUGAAGGAAGCCAUUGCACUGUGAAAACUGAACCUGCCUGCUGAACAGCCUGCCCCUUCCAUCCCCAUGAGCAAGCAUCCGUCCAAACGUCCUCCCACCUCUCCAGCCUCUCCCCAGCUUCCUGCACUGAGCUGGUCUCACCUGUCGACUGAGGGAGCCCCUAAGCCCUAAACUUCUCCUGAUUCAACUUUUGACUCCUCGGGUGGAGCAGGUGGAAGAACUGCCCAGGCCAUCAGCCAGAGCUGGUCUUUAGGCUGUGUGUUCACCCAGGUUUCUGCAUCUUGCACUUUGACAUUCCCAAGUGGGAAGUGACUAGUGGAAAGGAGAAAGGGAGGGAGGUGGAGGCAGAGAAGUGCAGGGAGAGCUCUGACUGAAACCAGGAUUGAAAAUAUGAGUAUGCCCCUGAGACUGGGGAGACAUCUGCACCCCAACCCCUCAGUCCAGCCUACUUUGCCUACUGCCGGGAGGCACCUGCAGCUGAACAACUUGUCCCCAUCAGGAGCCCUGGAGCUGGGCUGCAUUCCAGCCCCACCUGCAUGGUCCCCAGCUCUCCUCUUUUGGUCCUUCUUUUUUCUGACCCUUAUAGGCAGUGACACCCUCCAACUCUCACCCCACCAUCUCGGGCUAGGCAAGCCAGAGCUGGAGAGGAACCAGGAGACCCAGGCAACUGCUUCCAACUCUGCUCUGAGGACCUCUGCUUCCUGGGCUGGCCCCUGCCAUGGCUCUGAGACCUGGGAACCAGGUGACAGGGCUGUCAAUUGCCCCUCGGUCCCUUUUUGCUGCUGUGUCCCUCCUUUCCUGCCACCCUGGGCCCUCCACUGAGAGAUCCUGUCCUCCCUGGCUGCUGGGCCUGUGACUUCCUAAUCCUGCCAGAGAGAGUGAGGGUCUGCUGACCCACUGCCCCUGUCCUGAUGCUGAUGCUAAGGGAGGGGCAGCUGAGAACUUUCUUAUGGGGCUCAUCCUUCUAGUCACAGGCUCCAUAUUCCAUGCUAGAAAAUAUAUAUUUUAAAAUGGAAGGAAAAAAACAGAAAAAAAGGCAUUCCCCCACAUCUCUCAACUUUAAACAUAUAGUAUUUAAAAAAUCAAAACAGCAAAUUCAACCAAUUGCAGAAGCUCUUUGCGGGCACUUAGUGACACCAUGGUGGGAGGAGCUCCAGAGCUACCUCUGGGUGUCCCUCUUCUGGCUACCUGCACAGGAUCCCUUACUUUCCUCUGAGAAAGCCCAGAGAGAACAUUGGCUCACGAACUGUGAGAUUGUGUUUUUAUACUUGGAAGUGGUGAAUUAUUUUAUAUAAGGUCAUUUAAAUAUCUAUUUAAAGAAUAGGAAGCUGCUUAUAUAUUUAAUAAUAAAAGAAGUGCACAAACUGCCA